AUGUCGCUAUUGAAAGUCCCAAGACUUUCAAACAAGCAACCCACGGUCCUAGAGCCCCCCCCCCCCCCCCCCCUCACGCGUCCCAACCCCCUCGCAUCGCAGACGUCCGAGCCCGUGGUGCAGACGAUCACGAAGCCCAUCGGCGGCGAGAAGAACGGGGGCACGCGCGAGGUGAUCAAGAAGACGGGGCCGAAAUGGUACCCUGCGGACGACGUGCGGGCGCCCGUGCCGUCUCGCAAGCACGUGCACAAGCCGACGAAGCUGCGGGCCGGGAUCACGCCCGGCACGAUCCUGAUUCUGUUGGCCGGGGCCAACCGGGGCUCGCGCGUGGUAUUCCUCAAGCAGCUCUCUUCCGGGCUCCUGCUCGUGACCGGGCCGUACUCGGUGAACCGCAUCCCGAUCAAGAGAGUCGAACAGGCGUACGUGAUCGCGACCAGCACGAAGAUUGAAGUGUCGGGGUGCGACGUGGCCAAGUUUGAUGAUGAGUACUUUAAGAGGGAUAAGGGGAGUAAGGCGAGCGUGGUUAUGGAGGUUGAUGAAGGAGAUGCGAGUAAGAAGACGCCGACUCAGGAGAAGAUCGCUGACCAGAAGGCCAUCGACGCUGUGCUUGUCCCCGCUAUUGAAAAGGUGCCGCAGCUGUCGAGCUACCUCAAGGUCAAGUUCACCCUGUCAAAGGGUCAGUAUCCUCACGAAAUGAAGUUUUAGGCGCGGGAUUCAUUUUGUAAACAUCAAACCCAA